CAAGCAUUAGCGUAUACAUAAGCAUUUGAAAUUCUUUUCAACAAACUGAAACCAUUUAGUGAAACCAAAUGCUCUGACGCCAGUGCUUCUAUUCCGUACAAACUAAAAGUGAACCUGAAGUAACAAUGUCUUCAUUGACAAAAAGAAAAGCUUCAACCGAUCAUUCCUCGGCUAAGAUCGCCUGGACCAACGAAAACAAUCGGAGCACAGAUGAUAUUACAACGACAAUGUACUGGUACAUCAUAACAAUGUCAUGGUUUGGCUUGCUUUAUCCCUUCGAAAUAUUCAAAGAUGGUCCAAAGGAACAACUAUUAUCGAAAACAAAAUUACCACGAUGUAGAAAGACAGUGAUGCAUUUCGGAUUUUGCUUUAGCCUUGCGUUUUUACUAGGAAUGAAUUGUGUCAGAGCUACAGUUGGUAUUUUUGUAGGAGACUUUCUAGAUCUUACUCGUAACUUUAAACUUGUUCAUGCUACAUGGGUGAUUCUUUGCUUUGUCAAUAGUGCAUCCCUUUUAUACGUUUCUUACAAACCAGAAGGAUUACGUGCUUUCUUUGAUCAAUGGAACAAAAGUCGAAAAUAUGCAUUUUUACAUUUUGGAUUUAAAACAAACGGAAGGAAAAUAAAUAUGAAAGUCAUUGUAUAUCUUACAAUAGCAUUUAUUUUAGUAGUUUUUAACAUUGUAUCGGUCGGCACAAUCAUGUUUGGUGGUUUCGGAUUCGCAUCUGACUCAUUCUCGCUUGUCUUUUCAGCUCCAUUUAAACCUACGACGACCGUUAAAGUGUUUGUUCAUUUGUUAAAUGUUAUUAACGGAAUAGCAUGGAUAUUUCCUGUCAUAUUCUUUGUUCUUCUAUGUUCUACUCUUAAAGAUGACUUGGAGACAUACAACACAUUUCUAAAUAAGCAAACUAAGGAUAACAAAGGUAAAAUAGGACAAAAUCUGACUCAGUUUCGGAUAAUGCACUUAGAACUGUGUAAAACUAUCAACAGUCUGGAUAGCUCAUUCAGUUGGCUUCUGUUUACUUGGUUUGUGCUUAACAUUGGAAAUGGCUGUUUCAUAGCCUUUUUACUUCUUAACACUUCAUAUGACAUAUUUGGUACCAGUGUGCUGGUGUUUUGGCUCAUUGCCAGCUGUGUUUAUAUAGGUGCAACAUCUAUUUCAGCGGCCAUCCUCCAGGAAAAGGCUCAUGCACCAUUAGAGUACCUUUACGACAUAGACGUUAAUGACAUCAAACCGGAAGAUCAACCUCAGCUGUAUCUAUUCCUGUCAAAAUUGACAAGUUCAUCCGUAGGAUUAACAGCGUUUGGUUUGGUCACCAUCACAAAAGAACUCCUUCUAACUUUAGCUGGUUUGUAUUUGACCUACUUCUUCUUGCUGUUGCAGUUCAGAUAGCUGUUAGAGAUAAGAACUCUUACAGCAGCAUCUUCUUCAUAUACAACAGUUCUAGUUUGUAAUUUAUAUACAAUGUUAAAUCCUUUGAAAUAGAUAUCAAAAUGUA